AUGAAUCGUAGAUUGGUUAACAUGACUGAACAAGAGUCAUUUGCUCUUGUUGAAGCCCAAAACCAAGAUAAAACAGUAUAUCAAAAACACUUCAAAAAGAUAAAAGCAGAUAGGUCAGACACUCAACAGAUAUUGGGCAAGAGAUCUCCAAGACGUAUUGUUCACACAGAUAGCAUACUAGAUAACAAAAAUGACUUGACAAAAAAUUAA